AGCACUAUGUCAGCUUGUGUUGCGCUUACCUCUCUAAACAGCCAUGCAUAAACUCGGUGCCCUUAUCUUCCUGUUCGCAGGACUACUCGUGGACGCUCAGACAUGGCAAAAUAGAUAUGAUCAACCCCUACAUUUUACAUGUGGUAGUCGUGAUUCAAUUUCUAUGAUAACUAGCAAGCAUUCAAAUGAUGCUGAAGAUCGUGUGUGGGGUUUCUCUUGUCAGAAAACAUUUGACACUCAAUCAGAAUGUUUUUGGACCAAUUAUGUUAACUACUUUGAUGAACAGUUUACAUUCAACUGUCCGCCCAACCAUGUCAUCAGUGGAAUGGACAGCUUCCAUAACAACGAUGCAGAGGACCGGAGAUGGAAGUUCUAUUGCUGCCGAGUGAAUAACUACUGCAAUUCUCAUUGCCAAUGGACUACUUAUGUCAACAACUUUGAUGAGUACUUCACGUGGUAUGUCCCUGGGAUGAACUAUCUUGUGGGAGCCCAGAGUUACCAUGACAAUGGCGCAGAAGAUCGGCGCUGGAAGUACCUCUACUGCAUCAGGAAAAACUGCUAAUAUAUUAGUGCUAAAUUAGAGUACUGCAUUAUGGGAUCAAGAUCCCUGCUGAUUAUGACGAUCAGUAUGUCAGCUUUAUUUUCUCAUCAGAUCCAUCAGCAUAUUUAUUUAUUGAUAAAAAAUUCCAAUUGUGAUGCUUUAACGUAUUGACCUUUGUCAUUGAAAUGAGUGAAGGGCCAGAGAGGGCUUACAUUCAGUCUAUCAUUGAACCUGUUCAGCACUCAUAAGCCACCUGUGAACUACAGCAAGUUCCGCGGCUUGUUUUUACCAGUCCUUGGCUGAUGAAACAUGCACCAAGAAUGAUAUGUAGAUAUCCGUCUUCUGACAAAAUAUUCUUUGUCUACAGAACAUGCUCUUAUCAAACUGUGUUCAGUUCUAUUUUUAAAGAUCUGCUAAUGCAUUGUACAAAUUUAAAUAAAGAAUGGAGUGGAAAGCAA